AUGGCUGCAUUCUUCGCCAACGAGAGCUGCGACCCCUUCACAGAUCUUACCGCGCAAUGCGUCAUAGGAUCAUAUGUGCAGUAUGCCGUCAACGCGUCAGGUGCCUCAGACUACGUUGAAACUUUAGCUUUUGCCGAGGAACGCAAUAUACGCCUCGUCAUCCGGAAUACUGGACACGACUAUCUGGGCAAGUCGACCGGGGCAGGCUCGCUAGCUCUAUGGACUCACCACCUGAAGGACAUUGACGUGCUCGACUACAGCUCCAGCUCAUACACAGGUAAAGCCAUGAGGAUUGGAGCAGGGGUACAGGCUUCCGAGGCACAGUCUGUAGCACAUGCGUUGGGCCUCGUCGUCGUCGAAGGAGCCUGCCCAACGGUCGGUCUUGCUGGCGGCUAUACUCAGGGUGGCGGGGCCAGCCCGCUUGGAUCCAGGUUUGGGCUCGCAGCCGACCAGAUCAUUAGAAAGGGGAGGCUCACAAUCCCGCAAUCAUACUUGCCCAAUGGCACAGCACAAGAUCUGGAACGAUUAUUCCAGCCUACACUACUUGCUCUCAACCAGAGUGGUAUCCCUUAUGACUUUUCGGCACGCAAUUAUCCCACCUUCCAAGAUGCAUUCUACACGAUGAACCCGCAGAUGAACGUCAACGAGAUAAACAUUGGUGGCCGCCUCAUCCCGCGUUCCCUCGCCUCAUCGCAAAGCUCGGCUGUCCUUUUGAUUGAUGCUAUCGAGCACAUUCUCGACAAUGGAGGCAUAUUCGUGGGCGUCUCUCAAGAUGUGAGCAUGGCCCCGACGUCCCCGAACUCCGUCCACCCGUACUGGCGGGAGACUCUGGCUCUGGCAUUCGUUGCAAUGUGA